AUGAUUACCAUCGAUUUCGUUCCAUUCUAUCCACAGUCUCUAUUACAGCCUCGUGGCUCGCCAUUCCAUUUUCUCGUCACAUUUCGCCAGUGGUACAUCACAACAUUCUCAGAUCCUUAUUACAACAUCGACAUCCCCGGGCACUUCUUCGAAUUCCUAGUCUAUGUUGAGCUUGUCGUGCAGUUCCCUCUAGCAAUCUACCUCACCCGCGCACUGUUUUCCAAACAGCGCAUGUCUGGCUCUGCUGAGCUUGCGGGCGUCGUCUAUGGUGCAGUGGUUGGCCUUUGCACGGCUGUAGUUUGCAAUGAUAUGUGGUAUCUGGGUCCGGAGAUUAUCACUCGUGAGGCCAAGCAGACUCUGCUUGGGACAUAUCUGCCAUAUGCUGUGAUUCCGACCUUGAUGUCAUUGGAUAUGCAAAAGCGGUUGCUCUUCCGGCUUCAUAGACUUUCUGGAAUCAAGCAGGAAUAG